AUGGCCCUUCGAGGAGUACUCAGUUUUGCCGCGCUACUUUUGAUUUUCCAUCAAAGUCAAAAAGCCAUUUGUAUAACUCAUAUUAAAAGAUCUUCAUUUCGUUACAAAUCUAAUGUUAUUUACAAACACAGUUAUUCAUACUCAUCACGAACUACUUAUAGCAAUAAUAUGGCUAUGAACGGACAGUUUCCGUGGAUGGCUGUGAUACAUCAGAUGAAAGGAAAUUACAAAAUACAUAUAUGUGGUGGAACAGUGAUAUCAGUUCGAUGGGUUUUAACAGCUGGUCAUUGUAUAGAAAAAAGACCGCGGAAAUUUCUAGUUGUGUUCGGUGACGUUGACAGAAGUAAUAUCGGCUAUGAGACUUAUCAUGGAAAAGGAAUUGCCAUGAUCACUACCAGUGGUGUAAUACAUUCUGAUUAUAGAAAAACUGUGAAUGACAUCGCAUUACUUUAUAUGCCUCGUGAUAUUCCUUUCAGUGCACGAAUACAGCCGAUAAAACUUGCUGGAAAAUAUGAUGAGUUUAAUACUUAUGUUGGAUGGACAAGUUAUGUAUUUGGAUGGGGACUAGAUGGAAUAACAAAUAAUGUUCAACGUCGUCUUAAAUUUGGUCGAAUUCCAAUCAUAUCUAAUAAAGAGUGUUCAAAAAAAUGGAAAGUAUCUGAUAGUGUCUUAUGUACAGCAGCUGGAACUGGUGUAGAUGCUUGUCAAGGUGAUAGUGGUGGACCAUUAAUAGUCUAUAAAGAUAAUCAAUACGUACAGAUAGGUAUAGUAAGCUAUGGAGACUCAGACUGUCCUAGUACACUGCCUGGUGUUUUUACUAAGAUAAGUUUUUACCAUCGAUGGAUUCGUUCAGUUACUGGAAUUAAAUAUUAUUAA